CGACGCAAUUGUGAUUCAAAGGGGGAGAAUGGUGGGGGAAAACAGGUGUACACGUAUGGUUUUAGAGGGAUGUGCACCCAGCUAACUCCGACGUGUGGAGCCUGAAGCUGUGCUUAUAAGAAGAGCGUGAUUGAAGCCGUUGCUCGACAUCAUUGACGUUCUUGCCAUCUCAUCAGACACACGGAUUCUAUGUCUACUGAACUAUCGAAUCGAUCUACUCCCGGAGAGAAGCAAGACCCUGAAAAGGAAGUCACAGCUGCUGUAGGCAACAUCAUCGAGAUCCCAGAUGGUGGCUACGGAUGGUUUGUCUGCGCUGGUGUCUUCUUCUUGAAUUUUGGAACAUGGGCUGCCAAUUCUGGUUACUCCAUCUAUUUGGCCAAUUACCUGAAGAACGAUAGGUUCUCCGACGCUGGAAGGCUGGAUUACGCUGCAAUUGGUGGACUGGCCUUUGGCUCAGGCCUAGUGAUGGGCCCGUUGGUCAGGGUACUGCUGAGAGUCUCAGGCAUUCGUACUGUGAUUGCAGCAGGUGCACUUCUCCAGUUUACUGGCACCAUUCUUGCUGCCUUCUCGACAAAGCUCUGGGAAGUUUACCUUACACAGGGUGUCAUGAUAGGAAUCGGAAUGGGGAUGAUAUGUAUACCGGGAACGACGCUCUUGGCUCAGUGGUUUAGAAAGAAGAGAUCUACUGCACAGGCACUAUCAGCUGCAGGCUCUGGCGUUGGUGGUGUUGUGUUCAAUUUGGCAGUGGAAUCCAUGAUCAAGCAUUUGAGCCUGAGAUGGGCAUUGAUAAUACAAUCGAUCAUAUGUGCAGUGUGUAACGUCAUAGGAGUUGUGUUGAUCAGGCCAAGGGAUAAGCAUAUCCAAAUCUCGAUGAAAGUCUGGGAAUUCAAGAUGUUCAGCUAUCCAGGCUAUUGGCUGAUGUUGUUCUACAUUUCCACAACACUCUUAGGAUAUGUUGUCAUCCUCUACAGCAUGUCCGACUUCACCAUUUCACUUGGUUAUUCGAGCCACCAGGGUUCAGUAGUUGCAUGUAUGGUUUCCGUUGGCAUCAUCUUUGGCCGUCCAGCAGUGGGCAAGCUGUGCGAUAUGUUUGGGACAAUCACAGCUGGUAUAUUCGCACAGCUAGUGGUUGCUAUAUUCUGCUGGGCCAUGUGGAUCCCAGCAAGGAAUCUGGCAACGGCAAUUGUAUUCUCACUGAUAGCAGGAGGGCUAAUGGGCACGAUCUGGGUCUCAUUGCCUGCCAUCGGGGCCAGAGUGGUUGGGCUGAGAAAGCUGGACGUUGCCAUGUCAAUGGCAUGGUGUUUCAUUGGUGCCUUCGGCAUGGUUUCACCAAUUAUUGGGCUCCAGCUAAGAAGCUCACCACCACAGGGUCAAUCACACAGCCCCUUACAGUACAGAGAUCCAGCAAUAUACUGUGGUAUGGUUUAUUUCGCAAGCUCCAUGACUCUAUGGGUUCUCAGAGGCUACCUCAUCGCUAGGGAUAAAGAGGCAAAGCAGCUGGGAUCGCACGUCGACAACGAGGAAGCAGACCUUCCUGUGUCCAUUUCCAAUACUCUGAAGGGCAUGUUCUCCCUGUCAGAAGAGAGAAAGGUGUAAGUGUAUAAUCCCAUCAAUGAUGAUGCAUCGAUGGC